GGCGCCACCAACCACCCCCCCCGCCCCACCCCUCACCCAAUCCAUCCAACACCGCGGCGGCGGCGCGCGCAACCUGCUCGACGGAAGGCCUCCGAGGCGAAGAUGUACGUCGUGAAGCGGGACGGGCGGACGGAGACGGUGCACUUCGACAAGAUCACGGCGCGCCUCAAGAAGCUCAGCUACGGGCUCAGCCAGGAGCACUGCGACCCGGUGCUCGUCGCGCAGAAGGUCUGCGCGGGGGUAUACAAGGGCGUCACCACCAGCCAGCUCGACGAGCUCGCCGCCGAGACCGCCGCCGCGCUCACCGCCUCCCACCCCGACUAUGCCUCCCUCGCGGCGAGGAUUGCUGUGUCCAACCUGCACAAGAACACCAAGAAGUCCUUCUCCGAGACGAUUAAGGACAUGUACCUGCACUACAACGAGAGAUCUGGGCUGCUGUCUCCGCUGAUUGCCGAGGAUAUCUAUGAAGUCAUCAUGAAGAACGCCUCUCGGUUGGACAGCGAGAUAAUUUACGACAGGGACUUCGAUUAUGACUACUUCGGCUUCAAGACUCUGGAGAGGUCCUACCUCCUGAAGCUUGGUGGAGUUGUCGUGGAGAGGCCGCAGCACAUGUUAAUGAGGGUUUCAGUAGGGAUACACAAGGAUGACAUUGACUCUGCCAUCAGAACGUACCAUCUCAUGUCCCAGCGCUGGUUUACUCAUGCUUCGCCAACCCUUUUCAAUGCUGGCACCCCGAGACCUCAGCUGAGCAGCUGUUUCCUUAUCUGCAUGAAAGAUGAUAGCAUUGAGGGAAUCUAUGAUACUCUCAAGGAAUGUGCUGUCAUAAGCAAAUCUGCUGGAGGGAUUGGUGUCUCAGUUCACAACAUUCGUGCUACUGGGAGUUAUAUUCGAGGAACAAAUGGGACAUCCAAUGGGAUUGUUCCUAUGUUACGUGUCUUCAAUGAUACUGCUCGUUAUGUAGAUCAGGGUGGAGGCAAGAGAAAGGGUGCCUUUGCUGUAUACCUGGAGCCCUGGCAUGCUGAUAUUUUUGAGUUCCUUGAUCUGAGAAAGAACCAUGGCAAGGAGGAGAACCGUGCAAGGGAUCUUUUCUUUGCUCUCUGGGUUCCUGAUCUAUUCAUGCAAAGAGUACAAAAUAAUGAGGAUUGGUCCCUGUUUUGUCCUAAUGAAGCUCCAGGGUUGGCUGAUUGCUGGGGCGAGAAGUUUGAGGAGUUGUACAAGAAAUAUGAGAAAGCAGGCAAGGCCAAAAAGGUUAUUCCAGCACAGACCCUCUGGUUUGACAUUUUGAAGGCACAGAUAGAAACGGGCACACCUUAUAUGCUCUAUAAGGAUUCAUGUAAUAGGAAAAGUAACCAGCAGAAUCUGGGCACGAUCAAAUCUUCAAACUUGUGCACUGAGAUAAUUGAGUUCACAAGUCCUGAGGAAACUGCUGUCUGCAACCUAGCAUCUAUUGCUUUGCCACGUUUUGUAAGGGAAAAGGGUGUCCCAAUAGAGUCCCAUCCAUCUAAGCUUGCUGGUAGCAAUGGGUCAAAAAAUAGAUACUUUGACUUUGACAAGCUAGGCGAGGUUACUUCAACUGUUACUUUCAAUCUAAACAAAAUAAUCGAUAUGAAUUAUUAUCCGGUUGAAACCGCAAGGAGGUCUAAUAUGCGACACAGGCCAAUUGGCAUAGGAGUUCAGGGCUUGGCAGACACAUUCAUGUUACUUGGCAUGGCAUUUGAUUCACCUGAGGCUCAGCAAUUGAAUAGGGAUAUUUUUGAAACUAUUUACUACCAUGCUCUGAAAGCUUCCGCUGAACUGGCGGCUAAAGAAGGCCCUUAUGAAACAUAUGAAGGGAGCCCUGUCAGCAAGGGCAUUAUCCAACCUGACAUGUGGAAUGUAGUGCCAUCGACCAGAUGGAACUGGCCAACUUUAAGGGAAACUAUUUCUAAAGUUGGAGUAAGAAACUCUCUUCUGGUGGCUCCAAUGCCCACUGCUUCCACUAGUCAGAUUCUUGGCAACAAUGAGUGCUUUGAACCCUACACAUCUAACAUCUACAGUCGGCGGGUUCUAAGUGGGGAGUUUGUCGUGGUUAACAAGCAUCUUCUCCAUGACUUGACUGAGAUGGGUAUCUGGACACCUGCUCUGAAAAAUAAGAUAAUUUAUGAAGAUGGUUCUAUUCAGAAGAUGGAAGAAAUCCCUGAUGAUCUUAAAGCAAUUUACAAGUAUGUGGUUCACCCUCCUCUCAUUACAUUCUACUGGAUGCAGUCGAUAUAUGUAUCUGAAAGUUUACUCAAUUAUUGUAUCAGGACUGUUUGGGAGAUUAAGCAGAAAACUCUGGUUGACAUGGCUGUUGAUCGUGGAUGCUACAUCGACCAGAGCCAGAGCCUUAAUGUCCACAUGGAUCAACCAAACUUUGCAAAGCUAACUUCGUUGCAUUUCCAUGCUUGGUCCAAGGGCCUGAAAACUGGGAUGUACUAUUUGAGAACAAGGGCAGCUGCUGAUGCAAUCAAGUUUACUGUGGACACUGGCUUUCUGAAGGUCAAUGGGGAUGCUAAUGGCACUAAUGGCACUAAUGGCACUAACGGCAAACUAGCAGAGGAAGACGAUGAAGCCAAAAUGGCGCAAGUCGUCUGCUCCUUGAACAACCGGGAAGAAUGCCUGGCAUGCGGGAGCUAGAUGCAUCUCUUGCAUCUGUUUUUCUCUUAACCAAGGCAGGCAUUACACAACCAAGUGGUCUGAUCAUUGGCGUUGAAUAAUUGAGAAGUGAGUCGUUUAUGACUUUAUGUAGGUGUGGUUGGGUUUAAGAUCUGAUGAGUUCCUUUGCUGGGCAGCCCUUGACGGCUGAGUUGCCAACGUUGGCUUGUGUUGUAUUUGUACUAUCUAAAAACAUGGGUUGCUGCAGCUGUAAUGUAUAUAUAUGUAUCAUUGUUCGUCUUA